AUGGCCGCUUCACCCGCGGCUUCCGGAUGGCGCUCUCCUUCUCCCCUCCCCCAACUCCGGGACCGGCCUCCGACUGACAGCUCAAUUCACCAAUCGUUGCCGAGAGUGCGCCCCGAUGGACGAAUCGUUGCGGCGGGUUGGGGCAGGACCACGGAGGCCACGUUGAGUCGCGGCGGGACGGUGCGCGCAGAGCGACAAACGUCGUGUGGGAACUUAACGCAUUUCGCUGCCUCUCCUCCUCAACGUGACACAAUGACAGUAACAGACACAUUCAAAAUAAACAUUCCCCAACUUUCACCCAAAUGUUCCAGGGUAUUUCAUAAUGGAGGAGGUCGAGUAGUUUUAUGUGGCAAUGACUGGGAAAAAUUAGAAGCCCUGCAACAGGCUCUAAUUGAUGUUGCAGACCCCAGUUGUACAUUCAGUCCAAAGCUUAUGCUUCUGGACCUCAGUGAAACUGAGAAUGUUCCUGAAGUAGCGAAGGAAAUUCUUGAAUCCUACGGUUGUGUGGAUGUGUUAAUUAACAACAGCAGUCUGAAAGUUAAAGGAGGUGCUCUCAAUGUCACUUUAGAAAUGGACAAGAAGAUAAUGGAUGCAAACUACUUUGGACCAAUUUCUCUGACUAAAGAGCUUCUUCCCUCGAUGAUCUCCAGACAUUGUGGCCAGAUUGUGUUAGUCAACAGCAUCCAGGGAAAACUAGGACUUCCAUUUCGUGCAGCCUAUGCAGCAUCUAAACAUGCAAUGCAAGCCUUUUUUGAUUGUCUGAGGGCUGAAGUUGCAGAAUUCGGGAUCACUGUGAGCACUGUGAGCCCAACAUUCAUUCGCUCCUAUCACCAAAUGCCAGAUGCUGGGAAUUGGGAGGCAUCCAUUUGGAAAUUUUUUUUCAGGAAAUGGGCAUAUGGUGUGCAUCCAGUGGAAGUAGCAGAAGAAGUGUUGUACACGGUGAACAGAGGCAGCAAGGAGUGUGACUUCCAAAAUCACAGAAUUGUAACGGUGUGGAAGGACCAGGGGUAGAUGGGACUAUGGAUUCGGAACACAAACAGAUCAGCCAUGAUGUUAACGAAUGAUGGAGACGAAGGGCCGCACGGCCUACUUCUACUUCUAAUUUGUAUGCUCAUACAAGAUGGAGCUAGAUAGAUUUAUGUUGGGUAAAAAUGUCAGGGCAUUUGGUGAAAAGUCAGGUAAAUGGAGUUGAGGUGUAUAUCAGCAGAAUAGGUUCAAGGUCCUGACUAACCUAAACCUGUUUUCAGUUGAUUUUAUCUCAGUUUGCUCUUUAAUAUCAAUUAGAGACAAACUGCAUCCAAUCAGUUCUACUGGAUAGGACUCUUGUGGUGCAGCGGUAGUUUCUCUACCUUUUAUCUGAAAGGCCCGGUUUUCAGUCCUACCUGCUCCAGUGGUGUCAUAACACAUCUGAACAGGUUGUUUAAAAGUAUCUGCACACCAAAACAAUUAGUCAGUUUUAUACUAAAGCACCUCAAAGCACUUGAUAAAGCUGUACUAACGUUGUUCCUUUGGGGAUAGACCACACUAUUUGCCCUCCAAUUCAGGAAAGGACGUCAGAAUUACUAGGUAAAGAAAGUCAGCCGAGGAAAAUAACACAUUUAAUGGGACAAAAGUAUUCAGGCAAAAUUUAUAUUGCUCAGUUUUCUAAUAGAUGUUUGCUUAUGAACUCUAGGAGUUUUGUAAGCUUUCUCAUGUUCAGAUGGAGAGAAACUAUUUCCUCUAGGGGAGGAUGGAACAGGGGGCAUGAUGUUCAAAUUAGAACUAUGGUAUUUAGUGGUAAUGUUAAGAAUGACUUCUUUACUCAAAGGAUCGUGGAAAUCUGGAACACUGUCAGCCACUGGAGAAUUUCUGAGCCUAGGAAAAUAUUUCAAAACUGAGAUUAAUGAAUUUUAUCAGGCAAGGGUAUUAAGAAAUGUGGAACCAAGACGGGUAAAUGGAGUUGAGAUACAGAUCAACUAUGAUCUAACCAAAUUGGGUUUAAUGAUUUCUUUCUGUUCCCAGGUUCUUUCAAAUCGCAAUUGAAAUAAUUUGUUUGUGACAACAUUAGUUUAUUAACACAUUCUUGUUGUUGAUUUAGUUUUCAGUGACAAAAAUAAUGCAACUUUAAGUAGAUUAAAUUGUAACAGGAAAUGUACUGCUUUGACCACAUAAAAUAUGUGCCCUAAUUUUGUGAUAAAGAUUGUGCUGUUUCAAUUCAUUUUUAUGAGUAAUGUUAGCUUUGAAUGAAAGACAGGAGAAUGGAACUGGAGUACAACUAAACGUGUUUUUGAUUUAAUACUUGUCUGAGAUCUCUGGAGGCAUAAGAAUUGCCAAUGGCAAUAAUAUUUCAUUCAUUGAAAACAAAAUUAAUCAAUGUAGCUCAUGAGUUUAGAUAUCCACAGCAUCCUCAAUCUAUUUCAAGAGGUAUCUGUUCAUAUUGUUUAUACUCAACAUUUUAAUUUUUUAUCUUCACAUUUGUAAAUGAGCAAAAACAUGAAACAAUCAUUGCUUUUGCAUCUGACCCAAAUCAUGGUUUAGUAUGUACACAAGUAUAAAUAAUUAUUAUUUUUAUACUCUCCACAUUUUCUCUCAUCUUCUCUUGACUAAUAAUGGUUCUGCAUGGUACCAACAGUCAUACAGUGAUAGAGUUAUACAACAUGGCAACAGACCCUUCGGUCCAACUCGUCCGCGCCGAUCAGAUAUCCUAAACUGACCUAGAUGAAAGGAGUCCUGAUUCGUUGGCAAGUUGGCAAGACUCUGAUUGGAACAACCUGAUUGAUAGUUAACUGCCCAGGCUUUUUUCAAGCAAUAUUCAACUUUCAUCAACUAGUUCAGCCAAAUAUGAUUUCAAAUCCACAAUAAAGACUGAACACAUAAUCAAUAUUAAUUAUGUAAGAAAAU